GCCAAAAAAACAGAACAUCACAGAAGAAGUGACAGACAGAGAGAGUGUUCCAGAAAAAAUUGGAUAGCUUCAAAAACAGCAAUGGAGGGUAUGAAGAAAAGGGUAUUAAGUUCAUCAGUUCCACCAACAAUGGUGCUUCUUUUUCUAUGUUUUUCUGUUCUUCUCAUGUUACCAAUGGUCUCAGCUACAAGGUUCAUGGUUGGUGGUAGAAUGGGUUGGAACACUAAUUUCAACUACACUACUUGGGCUAAGGGAAAGCAUUUCUACAAUGGUGAUUGGCUUUUUUUUGUGUAUGAUAGGAACCAAAUGAAUGUGCUAGAAGUGAACAAAACAGAUUAUGAAAGUUGUAAUUCAGAUCAUCCACUUCACAAUUGGACAACAGGAGCUGGAAGAGAUGUUGUCCCAUUGAAUGUCACUCGCCAUUAUUAUUUCAUAAGUGGCAAAGGUUUUUGCUAUGGUGGUAUGAAAUUAGCUAUUCAUGUUGAAAAUCUACCACCACCACCAAAAGCUUCACCUAUAAAAUCUUUGGCACCAACCCUUUCAUCUAAGGGACAUAUCUUUCUAAUGCCUAUUGUUUUUGCUAUUGGAGCAGCAUGGGAUUCUUUCAUUUAUUUAUGGUAAUAACUUGUUGCAAAUGAUGAUAUGAACAUUAUCAUUAUUCAUAUCUUUAAACAAUGCCAAAUGGUGUUACUUUUCCAAGUUGUGUUGUACUCUUUAAAAUGAAAUAUAAGCAAAAUUGAUAAUUGAAAGUUUGAUGUAUGUGGUUAAAAAAUUGGUCAAAAUAUGUCAAAUUUUUAACUAUUAUUUUUGUUUAUAUUUCAUUUCGAACGAAAUAUUUAUUUGCUUUUGUGGCAAUGGUUGGUUGAAUUAGUUGUUGACCUCAAAUGGGGUUAAAGAGUGAUUGAUGUUUCUAGUUGUUAGGUAGUGUUUGGUGUUUGAUUUUCAAAAAUUUAAUGUAAUGUAUUUCUGUUUGUUGUAUGAUCAGAAAUAUGUGACAAACUUGUUUUUGUUUAAUUUAAUUUAUUGGAGAAACUGAAUGCGGAAAUUGUUGGAAUUUAUUA